AUGCUGGGCGCCCGGGGCGGGUGGCGGGCCCUCCGCCGCUGCGCCUCCCUGCCGCGGGCCGUGCGGCUGCGGGUGCGCGAGGCGCUGGGGGCGCGGGAGGCGGCGGCCGCGGUCAGAGUGCAGGGCUGGGUCCGCUCUGUCCGAUCCCAGAAGGAAGUUUUGUUCCUGCACAUAAAUGAUGGGAGUUCUCUGGAAAGCCUCCAGGUGGUUGCUGAUCCCAGCCUGGAAAAGAAAGACCUGACUUUUGGAAGCGCAGUGGAAGUGCAAGGGAAGCUUGUCAAAAGUCCUCACAGGAUGCAAAACAUGGAGCUGCAAGCUGAAACCAUUCGUGUGGUGGGACCUUGUGAUAUUUGGUCAUUUCCCCUCAAAAUGAAGGAGAGGCACCCACUGGAGUAUGUCCGACAGUUCCCUCACCUGCGAUGCAGGAACAACACCCUGGGCGCCCUCCUGCGCAUCCGCAGUGAAGCCACCGCAGGCAUCCACUCCUUCUUCCAGGAUAAUGGGUAUGUACAUAUUCAUACCCCCAUAAUUACAUCCAAUGACUGUGAAGGUGCUGGGGAACUCUUUCAAAUUGAAACAUCAAGAGAGGCAAAGGAAUCUGCAGAAAAGACCCAUUUCUUCAAUGUGCCUGCCUUCCUGACAGUCUCUGGCCAGCUCCACUUGGAAGUAAUGGCGGGGGCUUUUACUCACGUGUUCACCUUUGGCCCGACGUUCCGAGCGGAAAACUCGCAGAGUCGCCGGCACCUGGCGGAGUUCUACAUGGUGGAGGCUGAGCUGUCCUUCACUGAAAGCCUUCAGGACAUCAUGCAGGUUAUGGAAGAUCUUUUCAAGACAGUGACAAGCACUGUGCUCUCCAAAUGUCCUCGGGAUGUUGAGCUUUUUCAUAAAUACGUAGCUCCUUCACAGAAGGGCAGGUUGGAACAAAUACUGAAGAAGAAAUUUAUGAUAAUUUCCUACAGUGAAGCAGUGGAAAUUUUGAAGCAAGCUGCUCAAACUUUCACUUUCAAGCCAGAGUGGGGCUGUGACCUCCAAACAGAACAUGAGAAGUACCUGGUGAAGCACUGUGGGGAGGUUCCCGUGUUCGUGGUUAACUACCCAUACGACCUCAAGCCUUUCUACAUGCGGGACAAUGAAGAUGGACCUCAACACACAAAAAAAUACCCAAAGCAGGAACAACAGGAAGAAGAAGAUCAGGGAGCUGGGACACUGUUAACUUUUUGCUUAAUUGCCUUAAGAAAGGUUGCAGCUGUUGAUCUCCUUGUACCAGGAGUAGGGGAGUUGUGUGGAGGCAGCUUGAGAGAGGAGCGACUGCCCUUCCUCGAAUCACGCUUACAGAGAUUAGGACUCACAGAUACCUAUCAAUGGCACUUACUUUUUCUUUCAUCUGUGAAGAAUGGAAAAUUUCUCAAUUCUUCUGCUUCUUCUGUGCACAGUCAUCAGAAAGGAUUCACAGUCUUGAUCCUCGGCACAUUUAAUUCAAUGGACUUUUUCCAUUAACUUUGAUGGGUUUUGUUUCGCUCCUUUUGCCAAAAUGCCUUCUCAAAGUGCUUUGAGAUCUACCGAUCAAAGUCCUGGAUAAGCAAGGGUAGAAUUUAUUAUUAUUAUUGUUCAUCUGGAAGCAGUGGAGUUAUUUCAUUUUCUUACAAUGACUUUAUAAACUCUGUUGCCAGCAAAAAGGGAGAGAAGAUGCUGGGCUUAGUCUCAACUGCCUUUGCACAGGCUGAUGCACUUCUAGACAUCAUCAGCUGUUACUUGUAUUCCUGGUUACAGACCAGCUGGCUUGGCAGUUCUACUCAGAACUCCUGACCUGGGUCAGGCUGAUCUGCCACGGCCAGCACCCAUACCCUUCACGUUUAUGAGGUCUUUCCUGCUGCACGAGUCACCACCCUCAGCAUCAGGUCUGCCCAUCAGCUUCCCUGCAAACCCUUGUAAAGCUGUGCAGUGGAGUUCCCCAGGAGCAGUUCCAGGGUAUUUGCAGAGACUCAAGUUUCUUCUCAAGGCAGUCCACGUAAAGUGGAUAGAAAUGAAGACUGCCAUGCUUUGCACACCCUACAUGUUCAUAUCCUGAGCACAAUCCUCAUCACAAGAUGUGGGGUGCAUGCACCAAGCCUUAGGGAGCCAAGCUAACCCCCAGCAGCACAGAGAGAAAAGCACAUGGGUCCCAGUCAUCAGAAAAUGUGUCCCACUCUUGGGCCUGCUGUUCGCCUUGCAAACUGCACUUUGUGUGUCGGUGCUACUGGGAAGAAGUGAGCUCUGCUUCUCUUUUUGCUAUUUGGGCAAUGGAGGGGUGGGAAAAAACAUUGGAGAAGAAAAAACCUGAAUGUUGGAUUGAGUGUAAUAAAUGGUUUCCCAAAUUUUAACUGCUGCUAAUGAGCUGUAAGGAAAAAUAAUAUUUCAUGGUAUGAAAGGCGUACUGUCAAACUGAGUGACAGGGCAAUCUUGCAGCUGUAGAAUUUGUGGGAGAGUACUUCUGUUUUGCAAGUAAGGGUGAUCCUGGGCAUUACUUUGUCUUCACUCUGCUGAAAUACAAUCUUCAAGCCAAGAAAAAUCUGAUGUCCAAGCAACUACACCCAAAUAGACAUAACAUAUAUUUUACAUAUUUAUACAUACAUUAGUAUAUAUACACACAAAUAUAAUAUUUCCUUGCAGUUCAUUAACAGUAUGCAAAAUUUGGGAAGUCUCUUAUUGCAAUCAAUCCAAUCUUAAUUUCUUUCACAGUGUUCUGCCUCCCUCUACUACACUGCAUAAGUAGUAAACCAUAUGCAUUUAUAUUUAAGUGCACUUGAUUUUUUUUUUUUUAACUGUGAUGAAAUAUUCAUACACCAAGAUUAGAAGCAAGUAAUACAUCUGGAGUCACUCAAUCCCCUACUAGUGCAUUCAUUUAAAGAAGAAUAACUUGGUGGCCCCACAAAUCAAUAGAAGCACUGAGAUGUUUUUCACUUCUAUUAAAAUAAAACCGUUGGUGACAAUUUAUAGCUGCAAGUACAGUGUCACAUCAGCCACAGUCCAGCUGGGAAAUGGGUAACCAUAGAAGAACCAUCAUAAUCUUGUUGACACCCAUAUACUCAGAGUAUCUGCUUCCUAACAUUUUUUGAGUUUUCUGUUCACAACAGGUGCUGUUCUGCAAAAUAAAAUAUCUUGUUCCAGGUCUCACCUUUGGAUAAGAUACGUUCAAGGAGGGGAGCGGGGGGGUGGUUUCUGGCUUACUAUGGAAAGAAAUGAAUCAGUCUGUAAGAGUGAUUGGGGGGAAAAAGUAGCAAAAAGCCAUCAUAAUUACCUUAAAAGAAAAAAAAAAAAAAUAAAGGAAUGUUGAGCAGACAGACAGCAAGACCUAUUUAAGCUUCUGAAGAAAUUACUGGAAAUAAAAUUACUUAAAGCAAAGAGAAACUAAAAGAAUUUGCAGGACAGAUUUCCAUGUGGCAAGGGCUAGACAAGCCCAAGCAGAGAGCUUCUCCUCCAGCAGCGGAAGUGCUUUGUGAUUUUGUAGGAACCUGGGUUUGUGCCUCUACUAAGAAUAUUUUAGGUACUAAAACUAGAAAGGUGUUUUCAAUGUGAGCAGAGCUAUGGUGCUUAAGCUGUUCUUCGUACCCAAAUACAUUCUUACUCCUAAAAAACUGUGCUGUAGUGUAUUGGCAAAGCAUAGCUACGCUGAUUUAAAUGGGUUUAAAGCUGGGGUUUCUGCUAAUGCAAUUCUGCUUCCUCAUGCCCCUGACCAACGCAGAAAUCACAGUGGUUAGGGUCAAAGGGAAGUAAUUAAGAUGGAAAGCAAAACCUUAGAUGAAAAUCUCACUUUAAUGACAUCAGCAUAACCGUGCUGCAAAUGUAACUUUCUGUUUAAA